GACCAUGGUCAUCAUGCACCAAAGCCUUACAAGUUUGGUUACAGCAUCAAAGACAAACAUGGUGAACAACACAGAGAAGAAUCCGGAACUGGUGGUCAUGUGACAGGAAGUUACGGAUUUACAGACGAUCGUGGUAUCCACAGACAGGUCAACUACGUGGCUGAUCACGGUGGCUUCAGAGCUCAAGUAAAGACCAACGAACCAGGAACCGCCAACCAGAAUCCAGCUGCCGUUCACAUUCACUCAUCAGCCCCUGCUCAUGGCCAUCUCCAUGGAGGAUAUGCUGGAUAUGGACAUGGUUAUGCUGGUCACGUUCAUGGUCACGUUGCUCAAGGACAUGGUUAUGCUGGAAAUGCUGGUUUAGGUUACGGGUAUGGUGGUUAUGGUGGC